AUGACCCCUGCUGUGCGGCGGCCCUUGGCGGUGGUCCUGGACGUUUUCUCCGCACGAUCAGCAGCAGGCCAGUUGUUGCGAACAGCGGGGAAGAACAGACAAGCAGGACGGUUUCUGCUAAAGAGCGGGUUUCAGAGACGAUCGUUUCAGACGAGUAUCGCUCGGUGGUCCGAGUCGAAAGGGAAGAAUAUAUCGUACAGAGUCGCGGCGUCAUGCUCGGCAAAGGGGAGGCGCAUCAACCUCGAAAAAAACACACAUGUCUUUGAUCCAGCCACGCAAGACGCUAUUGGCGUUGUCCUGAAAAACCGGGGCGGGAAAUCACAACAGCAACAACAGCAACAGAAAAGACCGGGCAGCGGCGAAGACGCCUUUUUCGCAAGCAGAGUCGGUGCAACAGACACGGGGGCGGUUGCGUUUGGCAUCGCAGACGGAGUCGGAGGAUGGGCUGAGCACAGAGUUGACCCCGCAGAGGUCUCGCAUGGACUAUGCACGUACAUGGCAGAGCAUGCUCUGGAUGCUACAGAGGAGUCGUUGAAGCCAAAGGAGCUGUUGCAGAGGGGUUACGAUGCAGUGCAGGCGGACAAGUCCAUCACGGCGGGGGGCACGACGGCGUCUGUGGGCGUUGCACAGCCAGACGGCAGCGUCGAACUAGCCAACCUCGGCGAUUCCGGCUCAGUCCUUCUCCGACUCGCCGCCGUGCAUCAAUACUCAACUCCGCAAACACAUGCCUUCAACACCCCAUACCAACUCAACGUGAUUCCGCAACGCCUGCGCCAGCAAGCGUACAUGUUUGGCGGAACGUACUUUGAAGACCUGCCGCGCGACGCGGCCGUGUCCACUGCGUCUCUGCAGCAUGGAGACGUUCUUAUUCUCGCCACGGACGGCGUGUUUGAUAACCUGAACAACCAAGAGAUUCUCAAAAUCGUAACGAGCCGGAUGCUACUCACCGGCGCGUGGGCAGAGACGUCCAGAGACGGCAUUGGGGCUUCGUCGAAACUCGAUGCGUUGACGCAAUUCGGCGGCCUGGGCUUACCGUCGCCGCCUUCAAGCAGCAUUUCCAAGUCUGCGGGUUAUAACAGCCUCCAGGGCCUUCUUGCAGCAUCCAUUGUUGGCGAAGCCAAACUGGCUAGUGUCGAUGUACGCCGUGACGGGCCUUUUGCCAAGGAAGCCCAGCGGUAUCAUCCGGGUCAUUGGUAUCGCGGAGGGAAAGUGGAUGAUAUCUGUGUUGUCGUUGUUGUGGCGGUGGAGAAUAUAUGA